AUGGAUAGCAAUAAUUGGAGGGCUUCUCAAGGGCAGGUCCAAAUUCCGGGUCAGGUUAUCGGCGGAGAAUCGGCGCCGAAUGCGGGUAUGGAAGGAGGCGAUUGGAGGACUCAGCUACAACCGGAUUCCAGACAGAGGAUAGUAAACAAGAUAAUGGAGACUUUGAAGCGGCAUCUUCCUUUCUCUGGACAAGAGGGACUACAGGAACUUAAGAAAAUAGCUGUCAGGUUUGAGGAGAAAAAUUAUACUGCAGCAACAAGUCAGCAAGACUAUUUAAGAAAAAUAUCCUUGAAGAUGUUGACUAUGGAGACAAAAUCCCAAAAUCCUAUGGCGAAUUCUCUUCAGUCUAAUACUGCAAGUAAUAGUAAAGCCCCCCAAGAUCCAGGUUCUCAAAGCAUGCACUCUCAAAUGCAGAACCAGGUCCAGCAACUCCCGAUUCCAUUGGUUUCCAAUCAUUCUCAAGCUCGGCAGCAGCAUCUAUCCCAGAAUAUGCAGAACAAUAUUUCGGCAAUUGGAGUGCCGAAUUCUUCUGGUCUUACCUCCACAAUGCCCUCAGUUGGUGGCAUGACCACACAGAAUCCUAACAUGCAAAACAUACAGAAUAUGCCUAAUAUAUCCGGUAAUGCCAUGGGCAGUUCCAUGGGGCAAGAAGUGUCGUCCAAUAUGUACGCCAAUUCUCAGAGACAACAAAUUCAAGGACAGCAACAACAGGUUAUGACUGAAGAGCCACAACAACAGACUCAGAACUCUCAGCAGUAUCUUUAUAACCAGCAGAAACUCCUCAAGCCGAAUUUUGAGCCAGGAAGUAUUCAGCAGCAACCCAUGAUGCAAUCUCAGAUGCAGCAACCACAACAGCAGCAUAACCUGUUGCAGCAGAAUCAACUUCAACCCCCUCAGCAGGCUGUCAUGCAACCUUCUUUAAGGCAAAUAUCGGCUUCACCCAUCCUUCAAAAUCAGCAGACACUUCUUCAGCAGUUGACUCAAUCUAUGCUUCAGCCGCAAUCACAGUCCGUCCUCAGGCAACAACAACAACCGCAGCAGCCUUCUAUCAUGCAUGAACAGCAAAAUUCGAUGCCUCAACAUCCCAUAAUGCCCACACAGGAGCAACAACAGCAGCAGCUUAGCGGGCAGCAGCCUAACAAUGCAAACAUACAACCGAAUCAGCUGAUUGGCCAAAAUAAUAGUAUUCUUGACGCACAGCAGCAGCAGCAGCAGCAGCAGAGGAUGAUCUCUCAGCAGAACAAUAUGUCACACUUGCAACAGCAACAGGCAGUUGGUCAACAGAACCACCUUCAGGGCAUGCAUCAACAGCAGUCAACUGGGCAGCAGAACAACUUCCCGAAUAUGCACCAGCAGCAAUUAGGCACUCAAAGCCUCAACGGUUUUCAGCAGCAGCAAAUGGUUGGAAUGCAGCAUGGUACGUCUAGCUUGCAAAGUAAUCAGCAGCAUGUCCAUAUGUUGCAGCAACCUAAGGUUGGGGUACAACAGCCAAUGCAGUCGAACUUGUUGCCUAACCAAGCUCAACAGCCGCAGUCAUCGAUGCAGCUGAUGUCUCAGAUCCAAUCACAGCCAGGGCAACUGCAGCAGCAAUUGGGUCUACAACAGCAGGCUAGCACACUACAAAGGGACAUGCAACAGCGGAUUCAAACAGCUGGGCCGUUGCAUCAACAACAAACCACAAUUGAUCAACAAAAGUCGUUGAUGCAAUCUCAAAGGGUCAUCCCUGAGGUGCCGCUAAUAUUUCGGGGUGGACCAAGAGAUUGCCAUAUGCUAACAAUACCCCAUCAGCGUCAACAAAUGCUUAGGCAGCAGUUACUUCAGCAGCAACAGCAACAAUCUAGACUGCAGCAGUCAGUUCAGUUGCCUGGUCAGCAAAUGAUGCAGCUUAAUCCAAUUAAUGAUGCAAAUGAUAUGAAGAUGAGGCACCAGAUUGGGGCAAAAUCAGGAGUUCUCCAGCAGCAUAGUUCCUCUGGCCAACGGCAAUCAUACAUUCACCAACAAAUGAAACCUGGAGCCCCAUUCUCUAUAUCCUCACAGCAGGGUCUACAGGCGACAUCCCCGCAGAUCAGUCACCAACCAUCUCCUCAAAUUGAUCCGACAUCGCACUCCAAAGGUGGAACUCCUUUGCAUUCUGCAAACUCACCAUUUAUUGUCCCAUCUCCUUCAACUUCCAUGGUUCCAUCCCCUAUGCCGGGGGAUUCUGAGAAACCAUGUCCGUCGGUCGUCAACUCAUGCCUUCUCCGGCAGCCGGAGUUUCUGUGA